AUGGAUGUCGAUGCGCAGCCAACGAUGGAGGAAACCAUAUUGGUCGGGGAAGACCUAAUGUUGGGGCCACCAUCUCCUCUCAUCCCGAAAGAAAUUGCCUCUCAUGUGGUGGAAGGCGUUGAAUUAUGCGAUGGAGUCUUAAAGAACCUUUUCUUAUGCUUGCAAGUCAAUGACAUUGAACCUUUCUGUCAAGACGAGCUUUCUUUGUACAGAGAAUGUGCUGAAAAGCGGGAUAAGAUGCUAAGGCAACGCCUUCAAGACAGUGAACACAAAUUGGGGUUAUCAAUGCCCUUGGAUCAGGCGAAGGAUCGUGUUGCUCAACUUGAAGCAGAAGCGACAGCUUUUGAGAGGCGCCUGAUUCUUGCCAGUGGAGUUGAAGGCAUUGAAGGAUUUCGCCAAAGAUGGAGCUUGCAUGGUCGUAUGAGUGACACCAAGAAACGGCUAGAGGCUCUAAAGCAGGGGAUGGAGAGCAGAACGCCAGAGUUAAAAAAUGAUGAACCAACUCCAGCACCAAAUAAGAAAAGAUGGUUUCUCUGGUAA